AUGGCUGCUGCUGCAGUCGGACCAGCAGCAAGAAGGAUGACUGCACAGCUCAAGAGGAGGUCCAUGCGACUGAGCGAGUCUAUCCACUACCUGCUGUCCAUUGCUAACUGUGACAUGACCGUGCCAUUUCAACAGUCUACGAGCACCACGGGAGCGAGGCUGAUGAGCGCUCAGGAUUGCCCACGUGUGAUCGCCUUCCGGACGAGCGUCUCUGUGCAAGGGAGUAGCGAGGACCAUAUCCGGAAUGCCUAA